AUGGAGCCAUUGCAAGCAGAUAGCGUGGCGAAGGCGACGGCCCCGGUCGAGUGCGGAGCGCCUGCGGCCGCGGAAGCCCUGCCGGUCCCACAGCGGAGCCCGAAGGCGCCUUAUCGAUGUAUUACCGAUUGGUGGAGUCGAGUGUUUGCGCUGCUGAUACCGCGACGGCGACCAAUCGAUUUCCCGCCUCGUGAAAUCUUAUCAACGAUCAUGUGGCCAGUUGUGUGUCCCGUCCGGGCAUCGGAGGAGGCUCAGCUUCAGGGUAAAGUUGGAGGUAUCAGCGCUGGUGAGCAGUUCGAGCACGGCUCCACGUCUGAGUUGGACAGGGGAUCU